CGGUUUCAAGCCAAAUUUUACAUGAAGUGUUUCCAUCCAGUAAGUGAGAGAACAGAUGAAUUCUCUAUUGGAUAUGGUGUCCGAUUCCCUUUCUUCUAGAGUAUCAAUGUCUGUAGUUAUCUCCAAAAAGUUCUAAUUUGGGACCAGGUUAUGUAAUGAUUAAUUAGCAAGUCGAACUCGAAAUGAAGAUUCUGGAAAUAAUGUACUCAAUAUUCCAAGCGGCUCAGAAGAUAACACCUAAUAUCGUAAUGUUUCUACCUCGUAAUGUGAAUCUACAUCAAGUGGAGGAGCUAUCUUGGUUAUCAUCUCCUCCGCUUAAUCUUCAGAUUGAAGAGAACUACGUAGAAGGGCGUUUAAAGGGUAUAACUGCUUACUUUGGCGAUACUGCAUCAACCAGCACCGAAUUAUGGAAGUAGACGAACCUGAUGCAAAGCGUCUAAAGGUCACUAAGGGUUCUCGACCCCCUUUAGAUCAUUCUGGUGAUGGUUUCAAGGCUAGGACACCUUAUCCCAUUGAUGGAGCAGAGGUUGUAAAGUCCAUAACAGAAAAUGCAGGGACAAAUCUUGUCCAACCUUCCUGUGGAGUGACAAACACCUCCAACCACGCUUUGUGUGGGAAUGCCGACAUUAACGCGUUUCUUGACUUUCAAGGUGCUGAUUUAAGCAAGGAGCGCCGAACUGCUAUGUAUAUAGGCCAUUACGUGAAGGUGUACCAGUUUUGGGUUCAUCCAGAUCUUGCAGACUUGUACAAGACAAUCGUAUUGGCAUGCGGCCACAUUCCCUAAUUGGCUGUUGUCAAGAGCGCAGAGGUUCUUGUCAUUCUGACACACAAUCUUCUGAAAGUAAUCCGCGACAUGCGUUAUGCAGAGGAGGCAGGGGUAGUGACUUUAUCUGAAGAUACCAUUGCUCAUUGGAAGGACAAGAUUGAGGAUGCCGAGAGCUUGAAUUUCAAUGUAGGGUGGGUGCGCGAGCUUUUUGAUGGCCUCAAGACAAGGAGGGAGUCUGGAAGAUCCCUGGGUUCAAUUAUAGAGCGUCUCAGGCUAGAGGUGGAUACUGCUAAAAAAGAUGUUCGCGUCCUUAGUUUGAAGACGAGAAGUGCACAUGCUGCGAUGGUGAAGGCGUGCAUUGAUGCUGGCAAAGCUCGGAAUGCCCACAAUGAGGGCAAAAAAAUCUGAGUCGUCUCCAAGCCGCAUUGAAAGAGAAUGAAGAAAAGCUUGUAAAUCUUACAAGCACCAACCCAGAGAGAGUAUGGUCCAGAACUUGAGGAAUUAUUUUUGUCUUCUAAGAAUCUGGGCUGGUUCCAUGUAAAUUCAGGGGCUCAUAUAAUCUUCUUUUGUUCGCUUAAUGUUAUCUGGUUAAUUACUUGAAGCAA